AUGUAUAUAUGCUCAGAAAGGCUUACACUAGAGGGGCAGCAAUUAAUCUGUUUAGAGAAACCGUUAGAGAGCGACAUCGAAGAGGAUAAAGCGUUGAGAGCAAUUGAGGAGGAUACAGCGCCGAUUAGCGAGGAUAAGGAAAUUAAAGAGAGCGAGAAUUUGGAGGGUAUUUUUGAGUUAGAGGAGCUAUAUUAA